AUGACUACCAUCAGAUGGAUGCACAGGAAGGGGCAGAACUGCGAAAAGCGAGUCAUCUCCCUGAACGAAAUCAAGGAAAGGUACCUAAACGACGCCGCAAAUCAGAGGAAGGACAAACGGAAUGAGAACAGUUGUCCCAAUGAGAUAAACCCAGGCACAGAGAAAAAAAAGGGGAAAAAAAAACUAAUCACAUUUUACCAAAAGAAGGAAGAAAAAAAUAUCAAACAGCGAAAGGGAUUAAGCGAAAAGAAUGCCAAUAUCCAUUUUGGGAAAAAAAAAUAUUGUUGUUCAGGUGAAAAAGGAGAAACAAAAAAUGGCUGUUCCGAAUGCAGCGGCAAAGUGGGCCCCCUUCUUGGUCAAUAUGGGAUGUCUUCUAGCGAUAGCGAUCUGGAAAAAGGGACAAAAGACAGACCCCUGGAGGGGGAAAACAACCUGUGUCCUCCUCACCAUGCGAAGCAACAAGUCAACAUAAACCUAGACGUCAACAUUCAAUGGAACAAACAAAACGGGAAAUUUCAAGGGGGUAACUGCAAUGUGGGGGAUAUGAGAACCUUUCACGGAGAUGAGCAAACAUGGCAAACCAUACAAGAUAAAACCAAAGGGAAGAAACAAAUACACGUAUCCAUUAGGGAUAACUACGCUGGAGAGAAUGGUAACGGCAGUGAAUUCCCGAUACCAUAUGAACAGGGAAGAAGUCGAAAGGGGGAGGUAUCACACCCAAGGGGGAGAAAGCAAUAUAAAGAGCACUUCCCUUAUGGUAACCUAAGGGAACGGCACUAUCAUCAGCAUAGCGACGGUGAGUAUUCCCAGCGAAGCCGUGAUAGGGGCAACCACAACCACGGAGGGAUUCCUAACCCUCUCCACAAAAACAGGCACAUAAACUGUUUUGAAGAAGAGUGUACCACGUAUGAUGGAACAAGACCCGCCCCGUAUGUCCCCCUCGAAGAAAGUUCCGGUAAUCACCCAUGGGGUAACUUCCACUACGAGACAGAGAAGGAGCAGAGUCAGUUUCGAUAUGACAGUGGGGUGAAACUUCAUCCAGUGCAGAAGAUACAGCGGCAUGGAGUUGAAGCGUAUGAAGGGGGGGUUGAGGAGAGCGUGCAUCUCUAUGUGAAGCAGCCUCACCCGAGCGUUAAGCAAACCCAUCUGUCUGUUCAGCAACUCCAACAGAAUGGUAAGAACCCUCUCGCAGAUCCACUCAAAACGCACCCACCGAAAGGGAAGAAGAAAUAUGCUUACCUGGUGGACCCAAAACGAAUUUGUAGCGAUGGAGAAGGGAAGAGAAUAAACUCUUUCCAAAAAAGGACAGGCUUCUUCCAAGCGAGUGGCAAACAUACAGAUACUGAUCUCCUCGAGAGUAAUCACUUCAGUGAACUUAGCUGGAUAGGCGAAGGUAAAACAAAAAAAGGCGGCAGUCAGGCCCACCCCCCGGAGUGUCUUCCCCCCCCAAAUGAGUAUCACAAAACAGCCUAUCUUGUCAAUAGUGAGGAGGUUCUCCUGAUAGAAGCGAAGAAACAGAAGCUAUAUGAACAAGAUAAGAAGAAAAAAAAAAUCAUUUUAUCAAUAAACACAAUUAGUAACAUUUUAAAAAAGAAAAUCUUUAAUUACGUAACAAGAUGGAAGAAACAUUCCUUGGUAAGAGGCCUCCGUCCUGUCUACAAAACAUAUUCCAAGAUUGUUUCCUCAGGGGAGAACCAUCCUGGAGAUAAGAAGCAGGGCUCCCUUUCCGCAGUGUCGGAACGAGCCAUACAGUACGCAUUCCCUCGGAGGGGAGAUAUUCCCUUGCGUUCUUUUCAAAAAGUGCCAAACGAGGGAAAUUGUUCCGAAAAGGGAAUUCCCAGACCCAUGGGGGAAGGACUACCACAGGAUGGAGAUAAAGAAGAAACGCCGCUAAGGGAGGAGAAGAAGAACAACAACAGGAAGAAGAACAGCAACAGGAACAACCACAACAACGGGAAGGAAGUGAGCAUGGAGGAGGCCUUCCAAAAGAGGGAAGUCGCACACUACAAUGUAUCGGGGGUAUCUCCAUAUGCAAAAAAAAACAGCAGAGAGAAUUUAAAACUGUAUAGACAGCUUUCCCAGAGGAAGGUACUGACAAACACGCUGAUUGACAGCUUCAUCGAUGUGGACAUCCACGAUCAGCGGAAGAAGAAAAAGUACCUGAAAUUUUUCUCCAUUUUGUUGUGCCUCUUCCUGAGGAGGCACAUGCACAGGCAGUUGUCUUCUUUCUUUUCCGUGAUCGGGUCGUGUCACCGGCGGCAGGAAGAGAAGAGGAGCAUACGCAAGUUCAUCAAUAGUAGACUAUAUGCUGUGUCCAUCCUGGAGGGGGCACUAAAACGGAGCGAGAAGAAAGAAGCUCUCAGGAAGUUGGCACUGUUGGAGGAGAAGCGGGACGGCAACGAGGCUAAGCAGACGCACAAGCAUUACAGGGAUCACCCCAUAGAGAGUAACAGCACAGAAGAAAGGAGCGUUAUGAAGAGCCCACCACACCAUGUUGGAUCUUCACACAGAGAUAAGACCCCGCAUGAUCACCGCGUGAGUGAAGGUACGCAGAAGAACAAACCAAAGCUUACCUCCAGUAGAAGCCAUGAGAAACCCUGCUUUGGUAAGCCCAAAAUUUUCAGGACUGACGACUUUGCGAUUUUUUUCAACAAAAAAAUAUUAAAAGAAAAAGACGACAUCCUGCAGAAGUGUCUCCUACGAUCCAAGUCUGAUGCACUGUUGGAUUUCUUAAAAAUGACAAAAAUGGAGAAUUUUUCAAAAAAAGCUACCUGCAGUUCAGCCGUUUUAAAUUUUCCCGACGGUGUUUAUUACAAUGACGAUAUGAGGAGUUCCACUUUACUGGAUCGAUUCUUCACCGCUACGUACAGCCCGGAUGUGAGAAGUGGGCAGGGAAGUGUUCAUCGAAAUGUGCAUAAAAAAACACACAGAGAUAGAAUCCACCUGUCCUUCUACGAACAUAUGACUGACAACUCCACACUGAAACGCAGCUCAGUAAAUUACCAACAAGAUCUGAACAAACGGGAAACCCAUAUGCACUUUAAAAGGGAAUGUUUCGCAACGGGGGGACUUAACUGUGUAGAUUCAACUAGCCAAAGUAGUACCAGAGGUAAAGAACGUCGUACUACAAAUAUAGCAGAUGCGGUUGAUGCGAAAAUGGGAUCCAUAUCGGAAGUCAUGAAUAAAUUGGGUUACCUCAUCGGAGACUCUAACUUCUUCAGCGGUGUAACUCCCGGGAGGGGAGGAGACCAUAUGGACGACUCCAGCGAGGAGGACGUGAAUGACAAAAGGUGUAGGAUGUUCUUUAAGCAUUUUAAGAAGCAGCUCACCAUGAAGUGCAAGGGGGCAGCAGCAGGUGAGGAACACUGCGGGGAAGAGCAUCACAGCGGGGAGGAGCAUCUCUGCGAUGCAGGCGUGGCGCAAAACGGGCUGAGCCUCAGCGACCUGAACAGCACCGUGGGCAUCUCAAAAGGGGGGCAAACGUAUACGCAUCGAGGUGGAUGUCGAAAUGGAAAUCGUGGCAUUGCGUUUAUACAUCCAUGA